AUGCGAACACUUCCGGCAAAUCCAUCCGGCACAGAAGUCGGUGGAGGAAUUGUCUGUGAUGACGAGGGAUCACUAUUCACAAUCCAGCCUGGAGGUGGUGGUGGCGGUGGUGGAUGUAGUGGUGGAGGUGGUCGUGGAGGAGCGGGACGAGGUGGAGAAGACGAGCUUGAAAGUUCGGGAUUGGAUGACGAGCGA